AAAAGAAACCGCGACAGUAUGGUGUCAGAGAAAGAGACGAGGGAUAUCCACAGAUUUGUGGGUGGUCAGCUCCGCGCUGAGCCGGACCUAAGGCAGUUAACGGAAAUACCCGCUAGCAUAUACUGACUGCAACACUGCUAUCCAGAGAGCAUUUCAAACCAGCUGCAUGUUGCGCAUACUCAAACUGACCUUAGGAAUUUUGAAAAGGCGAUAUCUGGCACAUGUGCGAUGUGAAUCAUUGAGUCCAGAGGCCAGAAAUUUCAUGAAAAAAGUGGUUCAAGAGGAACUGAUGAAAAUGCAGGACAAUGACAAAAAUGAAAGCGGUUUGGAGAGUAAGAAGCUCCAAAACAAAAGGAAGAGAGAAAAGCAAAAUGAUGAGGUGAUAAGUGGGGAAGAAGAUGAAUCAAUGGCAAAGAAAUCCCGUUGUCAGUCAAGCUCAUCAUCAGAAUCAGAGGAUAAAGAUGACAGCAAAAGACAAUCUGAGGAGAGUGAAGAGGAAGAGCAAAUUAAACCUGGAUCUGAGGAUGAAGAGCAAGAGGUGAAAAGAUCACAGCGAAAGAUGAAUGGAAACAGUAAACAGCAGCUGAGCAGUGAAGACUCUGCAGAUAAUGAGAUUAAUGAAUCAGAAAAAGAAGAAAAUGAGAGUAACUGUGGUGACAGUCCAAAAGAAAUAAUGAAAAAGAAAGCAAGUAAGACAAAAAAUGGAGGGACGGGAGGUAGCAACACAAGUCAAGGAAAGAAAACGCCACAGAGUGAUGAAGAGAAUGAUACAGACACGUCAAAAAAGAGUGACAAAAUCAACAGCAACGACUCCUCAGACGACAGUGAAAAGGAAGAAAAAGUCUUGGCAGAAAAGAAAAACAACGACUCAGACUCCGAUUCAUUGUCACUUUCCUCCUUGGAGGAUAAACAGAGUGGGACAGAAAAAACACAAGUUAAGAAAAAGAAGAAAACUUUAAAAAAAGAGGAGAGCACCAGAGGUCAAAAGGGUGACAACAAAGUAGUCGUGAGGCUCAAACGCUACAUCUCUCUCUGUGGUGUCAGGCGGAAUUACAAGAAGCUCCUCGAUGGCUGUCGCUCUGUUCGGUCCCAGGUGGCUGUUCUGAAGAAGGAGCUUGAAGAUCUUGGUGUCCAUGGCCAGCCAUCUAUCAAGAAAUGUAGAAAAGUCAGAAUGAAGAGAGAGGAAGCUCAGGAACUUGCUGAUCUUGAUGUCAGCAACAUCAUUGCCACACAAGGUCGACCUAAGCGUAGAGGAUCCUCAGCAUGGCAUCCUCAACACGACCCUCCCUCCUCUACAUAUGUGCGCAGUCUGAACUCCAGCUCUGAUAGUGAUCAGGAAAACUAUAAAAGCAAAGGGCACAGAAGAGCAACAGACUUGGCCAACCUGAAGGGGAUCAUCAGUGAUGAUGCAAACAGUGAUUGACCAAGACAGUUCCUCUUGCCAGAGUUUAAAUAUACUUUUUUUCUUUGUACAGUUUGGGUUUUGGUUUCCGAUGGUUUAAGUUGAUAGUAAGGAUUGUGAAACUAAAUAUUUAUAAAAACUUGUACAAAAAAAUAUUUUUUCAUGUCUGUCAAUGUUCUAUUUCUAAUAAAAGUAUUGUGCACUAA